AUGAGCAUAUGGCAGAUAAUCUUUGAAAUGGAGGCACAGAAGCAGCCUGGUUUUACAGCUGCACUAGCAGAUCAACCAGUUCCAAACUCUCCUCUUCAGCCUGCACAGGGUUCUUCAGAUGUCAGUCAAGCCAGCGUGAUCCCUCAACAGGAACAAGCCCUGUCCCAGCCUGUGUAUCUGAAAGCUCUUACCAUACCGCUCUAUCAGCCCGUCCAGGCAGGAUGCUUUCAGCCACACACCCAGUUAGUGACUGGCAGGAGCUGUGUAAAUCUAGACAGCAGUAGCAUACCUCUCAUCCUGAACCCACUCAUUCCUUCAAAAGGCACAGAUCAGCCUCAGUCGGUUUUUCAGAAACAGCUUGGGCAAACUCUAACAUUGAACAUAGUGAGCACUUUGCCGGUUUUAUCAUCACCAAAUCCUUGUGUAAAUGCAUCUAUUGGAAGCCCAGGCAAAUCAAAAAAAGCUGGGAAGUAUAUCUGCAAACACUGUGGACGAGAUUGUUUGAAGCCAAGUGUCCUUGAGAAACAUAUUCGCUCUCACACAGGAGAGAGGCCCUUCCCAUGCACCGCUUGUGGUAUUGCAUUUAAAACUCAAAGUAAUUUGUAUAAACACAGGAGAACUCAAACACAUGUCAACAAUACCAAACUGCCCUCAGACUCUGACAACAGCAGUGGGUUGGAGCAAAGUGAGAAAUCAACAGACAGCAUCACCUCACAUCAAAGCAACAAACAACUUAGUAGCACCUGUGAAGACAAGGGGAUAGAGAUGGAACAAAUGAGUUCAGGGACCAGUGCUGGAACAGACACUAAGAAACUUCUUAAUGACCUUUCAUUGCCAGCAGCAAGCAAUUCAAGCUUUGCUUCAGAAAAUCAAGAAACAACCAAUCAGUCCUAUAGUUCAAAGGAUAAUAAGGAGAGUCCUGAAAGAGAACCUCAAACUUUAUCAUCUCCAGGAGCUUUGCCAAAUGGUCAGUGCCAGAGAAAGAAGAUGCAGGAGCAAGGAGCUCCAACUACCAAUAAGCAUAUUCAGUUGCAAAGGCAGCAAGCAACCUCUUUGGAGAAACAGUGGGAUUAUAAACCAUUUGACUGCAAGCUGAAGAAGUGUGAGAGCACUGACUCAGGGUAUCUGUCACGCUCUGACAGCACAGAACAACAGAUGGCAUCAUCCAGCCCGUUGCACAGUCUCCAUGAACACAGCGCAGAACUGGAAAAUGAAACUGCUUUCAGCAGUUUAAGGAGUACUUCCAGAAGCAGUGCAAAGCUGGAUGCGGCUGACAAAGCUACAGCCUUGAUGCUAGAGAAAAAGAGGCUGGAAGAACACAUUUCAAAGCUUAUUUCUCAUAACAAAAGUGUGAUGGAUGACACUCAGUUAGACAAUGUCAGACCCAGAAAAACUGUCCUUUCUAAACAGGGUAGCAUUGAUCUGCCAAUGCCUUACACAUACAAAGACUCAUUCCAUUUUGACAUCAGAACUUGUGAUAUAAAUAGGAAAAAGAAUCUUUCCCUUUGUUCAGCAAAAUCUACCUUUGCACCCUUAGAGAAAUCCAAGCAAAUGUUUUUUCAUUCAGUCCCUACCCAGUUCUCCACAACAAUUGACACUGUGCCUGUUACACGGAGCAACUCUUUGCCAUUUGUGGAGGGCACAAGGAUGGGACAUGACAAAGCAGGUGGCUCGAAACCACUUUCUCUUAACAAGCAGUCUGUAAAUACAGGCACUGCUGGUUUGCUGCCUAGCAACAAUCUUACUGCAAGUUCAGUGGAUUUUCCUAACAGUCAUCCCCGAGCUCUAGUCAGACAAACAGCAGUGGAUGAUUUGCCACUAGGUAAUGUGGCUGAUCACUCUCCUCCAUCAGAGGAGUUUCAAGGGAGUAAAAAGCCUGGGGCUGGAGAAAUAAUCAGUGCUAAAAAUAAGAAACACAAUCAAAGGAAGUUAAAGAUGUUCUCCCAAGAAAAAUGGCAGAUGUAUGGAGAUGAAACAUUUAAGAAAAUCUACCAAAAAAUGAAAAGCAGCCAAAAUGCCAAGAAAAUUAAACAAAGGGGGAAUAAGAUUGCAGAUAUUACAAGCUUCACUCCUGAUUCAAAGGAAUUGGUCAGUGCCGCUGAAAUUACUGAGGAAAGAGACAGUCUUUCCUCCCUUGUGACAACAGGUUUACAGACCAGUAAAGCAGAAAGCUGUACUAAUGGUAAUCAUAAUCCACAGAAAGUGUCCUCUGAGGAAAUUGCAGACAGAGUAACUCACCAGAUGCAGACAUCAAGUUCAGGAGCUGCCAGUGCACACAGUGCAGUGAGCAAAACUUCCCAAGGCCCCAGCAGCAGUGACACAGAGAAAUACACAGCUGGCCACAGCACAGUACUAGCUCCAAGCAGGUGUGAGCUCCAGCUUCAAAAUACUCAGUGUCAGCUGAACACUACCAGAAAGAAUGAUGACUGCUUGCCAGUACAGAGCAGCAAAUGCAAAAAACCAAGCCCUGGGAAAGAAUCCAGUACAUUUGAAUCAGAUCAUAAAAGCACUUCAAACAAUGAUGGAAACCAUAGCAGGGAUGAGGAAGCUGACCAGCAUGCCCUGACGCCCCUGUGGGUCCAUUGCAAUGACAGAGAAGCUGCAGGGAAACCCCAGAAUUUACCAUCAGAAAGAAAAAAGCUGAAAUUUGAAGUGGAUAAGACACAAAACAUUAUUUCAAAGUCCUGCCCCAGUCCCAAUAUUGAAAACAAUGCAGCAAAUGAAGCAGAGAGAGUCUAUUGCACUAGCACUCAGUGUCUUUCCACAGCACCAGUGAAAUUCUCCAGUAAGGCAGAGGAGCAAAAAUUAAGCACAAAAUCCACUGGAAGAACUCAGUGUGCAGAGUUCAUGAAAACAAGCAAGCUCCCCACAAAAGCUCUUAGCUGUAGUGAUGUUAACCUUCCACAUUCAGCAGGUAUCUCACAAGCUUCAUUUGCGGGAUGCUUAAGGCCCGAGUUAAGAGGAAGUGAUUGCAACUCUUUUGCCGUGCACAAUGUAACAGAUAAAGAUGUCAAAACAUGUUUUGUGAAAAGAGAGACAAAAGUAUCGCUUUUCAGUGAUGGUGCUGUUGAUGUGUCUUCUAAAAUUCAUCACCUGCAAUCUGGUCAUUUAACUCCAGUCCCACAACAAAAUGCUUUUUCUCCAAAAUAUAUCCUUAAAUUGCCUCAAGACAAGAGAGGCCCAGAUUUGUCAAGUUUGCUUAGGUCAGAACAGAAGAUGACACCUUGCACAUCUGUGACAGACACCUUAACCAACCCCCUCUGCUCUUCUAGCAGCGGAUUGCUCAGUUCUCGUUCUAAUGACGUGCUUUGGUCCCCUUUAAAAGUGGAAGUGAGACAAAAGGCCAGCAAAGGGGAGCUUCGAUGGAACGUACAUGCAAACUGGAAAACUCCAGCAUUAUGUUCACCAGUCAGUUCAGAAGCAACAAAUAUCUUAACCACAGCAGAUAACAUGUUUUAUAAUCAAAACUCCAGGCAACAGGAUACUGUAAGAAACACUUGGAAAAACAAACAGAACAAAAUUAAACUGAAUUAUCAAAAGCAAACAGAAGAGAAGUGGAUGAGCAUAACUACUUCCUCUGCACAGAUCCCAAAGAAGAAAAUAUGUUUUACUUCUAUGUAUACAAGUGGACUUUUCAUAUCAGCUGACAUCAAAGAAGAGAGAAAGGUUUUACAUCAUCUUUGCUCGGGAAGUGACUCUUUGAUAAUGACAACAGCGUCUAGCAAGAAUGCAGAACCAACAGGUGUGGGAUGGGACAGAGGUGGAAGUCCAUGCGUACUUCAGGAUAUGCAGCAUUCUCAGAGCUCUGCAAACAACACCACAUUUUUUUGUCAUUCUUUUGGUACUUUUUAUUGUCACACUCUCACCACCCACUGUAAAGAAUUCCCAGCACUACCCUAUAAUAAUCUGACUGGCUGCUCGGAAAGUUUAACAGUAUCAAGCACAAAGAGCACCUUCCCAUCACUAAAUGCUGAACCUCGAUUAACCUGGUGUUGUUUAACAAGAAGCCUCCCUCUGCCUGCUGAGCAGAAGGGGAAUGCAGACUCUGCUUACUCCUCCAUGCACACCUCUGACAAGGAAUCUAGCAAUGAAUGCUCACUGUCAAAAUAUGACAUUUCUAUUUUCAAAAUGAAAAAUAUUAGCAAGACUGUGGCAUAUGGCUUAACAAACAGGAGCUUAAAAACAUGGGCUUCAUCCUUUGCUAAAGGACAACAGAUGCAGGAGUCAAGCUCAGCAGCUCCUGGUGGUGCUUUCAAAAAUAUUUCAGAACAAAAGAAGAAAACAGUGGCUUGCAAAAAAGAAAAACUCUCAACAAAUAAAUCCAAGAGGAGUCACAAACAGAAGAAGAUUAAAGUCACCCCAAAAUGGUACAGAGGGAGGCACAUACAUGGAUAUGCUCAGUUGAAAACUACCCGACUAAGCAAGCGGCACCCUUGUCCAACUAGAACACUGGAUGCUUUGAAAAAGGGCUAUUCAUCACCACCCUGCAAAUUUAAUAAGCGUAAGAAGUGCCAUUCCCCUCAGUCAAAGGCACAAGAAAUUUACCUACAGCAGCAAAAAGACACAUCUUGCUCCACCUCAGACAAGCCACUUUGCAGAAGGAAAAAGGAAGGAAAGAAUAACUCAGGAAUAUCUUCCCAUACUGAAGAUCUAAACCAUGUUAAACAAAAAGACAGAAUGGAUAAAAAAGACUUGUCUGGGCAAAUCAGGGAACACACAAGAACAAAGUUCUCGCUUCAGAACAUUACAGCUCCUCUGGAAAUAUCGAUGACAGCUCAUUCCUUUUCAUCCACUGUUAAUGCAGCCAUGCAGCAAGUCAGCAGUGAUGUGGAAAUCUGCUGUUUAGUAACACAACCUCUUGUGCUUCAGCAGUCGGUCCCAGGCGAGUCACAGCCAAGCAUUCAGGGUGACUCAGUGACGUCUUUUUGGUCUUGCCCUUCUGAUUUUACAAAGAUGGGCACAGGUGACCGACUUGACAUCACAAACUCAGACACUACCGGUCCUCUUUCCUUACAACUAGAAUCAGUCCAGGAAAACAUCUUAAAUGUACAGCCCAAGACUCAAAGACCUGCUACAUUAGACCCAGCGCUCCAGGACUCAGGAAGGGAAAAACCUCCAACUGAAGAAAACACAUCUCUGUCUGCAAAAGAAAACUCCACUCUCCGUUCCCAGCCUGGAUGUUCACAUUUGUUUGGAUCAAAGUCAGAGUCUCUGCCUGAGUCAGUCACAAGGGCUGAAUUACCCAGUGUAGAGCACCCAGAGCAAGCAAGCUUCUCUCAGAUGACCCCUGACCUUCAGGGGAGUGCAGACAAGAACAGAACCCACCAGCAGUCCAACACCUAUGGGAGGCCACACAAAACAACUACUACUGCCUUUAAAAAGCUCCCAGUUUCUCUUAGGUCCCCCGAGUUCAACACAUACUCUGCAACACCUUUAAAGACAUACAAAAAGCGAGGUUUAGAGAUGAUGAGGAAGCAAACCAGAGUGGAGUAUGAUGACUCUAGCAGCGAUGAUGAAGAUAGGCUGGUUAUAGAAAUAUAGCAGACAGGCUGCUAACGAGAGGCUUGUGUGAUGGCCCGUUACAGAAGGAAACACCAUGAAUGUCUGAAGCACCUUAAAAUCAGAUAAGCCAUUCCUCUGUGCAAUAGGCAGCAUUGUCUUCUAAAGGUCUUUUCUUUCAAGGACUCACAUUUCUUGAAAAAAUUUUGUUUGAAGCAAAGAGGGAGCUGGCACCACACGUUAAAAUGCAAGUGGUAACCAUGUGUUUAUGAGGGUUUCCAACACUGUCACCACUUUUACCAGCCUCACACAGCCCCCACAAGUGCUAGCUGCCACUGGCUGUGUUAUUAAAAGGCUGCAGUGUUAUUAUUUAUGACUAACAAUACAACAGCAGCAGCUCCCUCAACAUACCAGCUCAGAUCUCCUGUGUUCUCUUCCAUAUACUACUCUCUUCUUGUAGUCACUGCCAUUUGUACUGGGAGUGAUACACUGGCAUUAAGGGGAAGAUCUGUACCCUAAGUAUCCGUGAUCUUGGAAGUGUCUGGAAAAAUGCUGAUCUUUUUCCAUGUUGCACAAACGUCAAUGCUUCUUUGUGACAAAUCACACAAGCAUGCUCUGCUUUGUGUUUUGUGCCUUUUAUGCCAAGAUCUACUUAAAUAUUCUUGAUUUCUAGUUGGAGAAUAUGGGUGUUAGCUGUUGCUAUUUCCUUGUGGUAAAAUUCCUGACAAGGAUUUUCUUCUUAUAUUCAUUGUGCUCCAAAUGAUGUAAUCUGGAAUGUUACCCUUUUAUUGUAAUCCUAAAUUUAACUGCAAUGAUGCUAUUUUACCGAGAGUAAAGAAGCUAUAUGGCAUAGCUUGCUUUCUUUUUUAACAAAGUUAUGUGCCACGAACCCUAAACCUUACUGGUUUCUAUGUGAAUAAACA